AUGGAGAAAGACUUAACUAAAGACCUGAAGUCACUAAAGGUUCUGCUCUUAAACAUUGAUGGUGUGUUCAGUAUUAUGGAGAGCUUUGUGGAACCCCUGAAGAACCUUAGAUAUCUUAUCAUGGAAAAUCCACUCCUACAGUGUAGCUGUGAUAAUGCCUGGUUUACCAAAUGGGCCAAAUAUCAACAAAAUAUCCAAGUGCAUGUUUGGGGUAUCUCACUGGAGCAGAUACCGUGUAAAGGUACAGAAGGAACUAAACGUUUCUACAAGUAUGCUCACGACAACUGUUUUAUUGACAUUGAGUUUCUGCUUUUUGCCUCCACUUCUUUGGGACUGGUCUUCUUCAUGCUGGUGGUCCUGCUCCAUCAACUGGCCGGAGACUACCUGCUGGCUUUCUACCACAUAGCUCGAGGCUGGAUCGAGGAGGCCAUGAUGGCAUCCAGAAAGGGGCAAUAUUUAUUUGAUGUAUUUGUGUCCUACUGUGGGAAGGAUGAGCAGUGGCUAGGGAAGGACAUUGUGGAGAACAUCACUGACAGUCUAUACAGAAGCCGAUUCACGCUUUGCCUGGUAAGCCACAAUUACCUACGAAGUAACUGGUGCUCUCUGGAGAUGCGUUUGGCCACUUACAGGUUGCUGGUUGAACACAAAGACGUCCUCGUCCUGAUUUUCCUGGAAAAGAUUCCUAAUCAGCUGUUAAAUGCACAUCACAGACUGGCCCGUCUGGUGAAAACCCAGACCUACAUAAACUGGCCACAAGACCCAGUGCUGCACAAUGCAUUCUGGGACAGGUUAUGGGCAAAACUCGCACCUAAAAAUGCAACACAGAUUUAA